AUGCUGCUGCAGCUGCUGGAGGAAGCAGCAGAGGAACGCCGACUGCAGCAGCUGCAGCAGCUGCAGCAGCAGCAGCAGCAGCGUGAUGUGGACCUCAACUUCGGGCUGCAGCGCAGCACAAAUACAGCAACAGCUGCUGCUGCUGCUGCUGAAGGCGUGCUGCCGCAGCAGCAGCUGCUGCGGCAGCAGCAGCUGCAGGAAAGGCUAGCCUAUCGCCAAAGAGAGCAGCAGCAGCUGCAUCACGAAGUCCAGAAACAACAGUAUCAGCAGCUGCUGCUCCAGCAGCAGCAACAGAAGCAGCAGCUACAGCAGCAGCAGUAUUUCCUGCAGCAGGAGAACGGCGUGCAGCCGUCAGCAGUGAGAGCCUCGCUGCACUUCGCUUCACCGCAGCAGCAGCAACUCCUGCAGCAGCAGCAGCAGCAGCGGCAGCAGCAGCAGGGGGCCCCUCUUCUGUUCCCUGUGGGUCGAUGGACUUUACCUGUCCCCAGAGAUAUUCCUGUGGGGGGCCCCCUGAGGGCAUCUGUCUCUAAAAAGCAGCAGCUGGCAGCAGCAGCAGCAGCAGCAGCCGUUUUCAGGAAGUCCCAUAGUGCUGCGCAGCUUCACUGCCUAAGCCCAUAUGCAGCAGAGGCUUCUUCACCUGCUGCUGCUGCUGCUGCUGCCUGUCGCGCCGGCGGCGCUGCUGCAGCUGCUGCUCCACGCAGCACAGCAGCAGCAGCAGCAGCAGCAGCAAGAAGACAAAGAACCCCCAUCAAGGCCAAAAGGGCCUCCACACCUGCCCCGUUUGUCUGCGGCAGCACACGCAGCAGCCACAAUAUCCUGUUGCAGCAGUCAGCAGCAGCAGCAGCAACUCGACUGACUGCUGGCAGCAACAGGAGCAGCAGCAGCAGACACAUCAGGAGGUCCCACAGCACUGGAGAGCUACUUUUAAAGCCCAAGGCAGCAAGCCAGCAGCAGCAACAGCAGCAACAGCAGCAACAGCAGCAGCAGCAGCAAGCUCCAGCAGCACUUUCUGCAAGGCGGACAACAACCCCUGUAAAACGCCCCACAACUGCUUCUUCCCGUUGCUGCCAGCCCCAACGCAUGCAGCAGCAGCAGGCGCGGCAGCAGCAGCAGCAGGAAGACGCCGCUGCUGUUGCCUCUGCAGCAGCUGCCAGUUUGCUGCUGACUGUAGAGGCCUCAGCAGCAGAAGCAGAAGCCGAAGCUGCUGCGCUGCAUGCAGCAGCAGCAGCACUUGCUUCGGCGCAGCGCAGGGCUUCGCUGGAGCUGCUGUCGCUGUGGGGAUCGUGUGGGGUGGAGACGAUCCCGAUCCCGAUCCCCGAGGGGCCCCACAGCAGCAGCAACUUCUUGCUGCUGGAAGAGCUGCAGCAGCAAACAAAAGGAGACAAAUUCUAUUUAGAAAAGAUCCACACAACAGCAAGCUCGUUGGACUUGCUGCAGGAAGGAGACAGACAAGAAGCAAAAGGAGACAAGUUCUAA